AUCCACUCCGAAACAACUGGUGCUGCGGUGUAGCAGCUGUCCUGGUACGAAUGGCCGCUGCUGCAUCACUGCUCUCUCCCUUCCCUUCGUCCUCCCCUUCUCCUCCUCCUCCUCGCCAGUCUUCUCUCACUCUUGUAAGAGCACCUUCCUCCAUCCGAAAUUCCAUCUCGUCGAGGCUUCUCUUUCCCCCCAAAAGACCUCAGUCCACCCUCAAAUCCUCUCCAAUUUCCUUUCUCUUCUCCAACAACCACUGCCCCUCGAUCAUUUCCUCCUCUUCCUUCCAGAAGUUAAUUCCGGACAAAUUGCGCAGCAGCUUCUUCUCCUCCGUCGCCGAAUCCCUCUUCGUCCUCCUCGCCUCCCUGACCCUCUCCUUCUCCAUCUUUAUCUCCGAUGUGGGCCCCGCUAACGCCUUCGUUGUCACCACCCCGCGGAAGCUCCAGUCCGACGAGCUUUCCACCAUCCGGCUCUUCCAGGAGAACACCCCCUCCGUCGUCUACAUCACCAACCUCGCCGUCCGGCAAGAUGCAUUCACGCUGGAUGUUCUGGAGGUGCCGCAGGGAUCGGGGUCGGGGUUCGUGUGGGACAAGGAUGGCCACAUUGUGACCAACUAUCAUGUCAUCCGCGGGGCAUCCGAUCUCAGGGUCACCCUUGCCGAUCAAUCAGUAUGUGAAGCAAAAGUCGUUGGAUUUGACCGAGACAAGGAUGUUGCUGUGUUACGUAUUGAUGCUCCAAAAGAUAAAUUGAGACCUAUUCCAGUUGGCAUCUCAGCAGACCUAUUAGUAGGUCAGAAAGUUUAUGCCAUUGGAAACCCUUUUGGCCUUGACCAUACACUUACUACUGGAGUUAUCAGUGGACUGCGCAGAGAAAUCAGUUCUGCUGCCACCGGCCGUCCUAUACAGGAUGUUAUUCAGACUGAUGCAGCCAUUAAUCCAGGCAACAGUGGUGGACCAUUGCUUGAUAGUUCUGGAAGCUUGAUAGGUGUAAACACAGCUAUCUACUCUCCAUCUGGAGCUUCCUCUGGUGUCGGGUUUUCAAUUCCAGUUGAUACAGUCAGUGGCAUUGUUGAACAGCUUGUAAAAUUUGGCAGAGUUACAAGACCUAUCUUAGGGAUCAAAUUUGCACCAGAUCAGUCAGUUGAGCAGCUGGGACUUAGUGGAGUGCUCGUCCUAGAUGCCCCUGCAAAUGGUCCUGCUGGCAAAGCGGGUCUGCAACCAACAAAGCGAGAUGCCUAUGGAAGGCUGAUUUUGGGAGAUAUCAUAACUUCUGUGAAUGGUAAAAAGGUCACAAAUGGAAGUGACUUGUACCGAAUAUUGGACCAGUGUAAAGUUGGUGACACGGUGACGGUCGAAGUCCUUCGAGGUGAUCAUAAAGAGAAAUUCCCUGUGGUCCUAGAGCCAAUGCCGGGUGAGUCAUAGGCAUUAGGGCAAUGCGGAUGCUCUACAUUUCACAAGCUGUAAUUGGGACAUUCUGCUCCACUUCAUCGUUUGUGUAUACAGUUGCAUCAAGGAGUUGUCCAUUGUAUAAUGUACUAGAUGCUUAUUGAAAGAAGAGGUGUCUGUAAUGUAUAUAUUCUUCAUUCAGACAUUUUGAGUUACAGAUGUAUGAUAUCAGAAUGGUUUUCUGAGUAAUUGCAUGUUGGCAUCUUGGUCGA